GAGGAGAUUAAGUAGGCUGUCAAGCUGCUGACAGAACCGCCAGGAUGCUGGCGGUUAGAGCAUUACCUUCAUCUGUGCUCUGGCGUGUUCUAGAAACUUGGCUAGAGGCAGGGGAAUGAGCAGAGUGGCUCCAGGAAAGAGGUCCCCAGCAUCUGCGUGAUUCUGUGCUAGGAGAGAGAAUCCCAAGCAGGACCGGGAGAGGCAUGAAAAUAAUAGAAUUUGAGCCAUUUUCCAAUCGUCAUCCCUGGGAUUGAAAGGGGGAUUUUGCAUUUCUUCAGCAGUUCUCUGGAGUCUCUUUCCCCGGCUAUUUCAGAGCUCCCCUCCCUCCUUUCCGGAGCUCAUAGGAGGUCUGUCCCUGGCAUGCGCCCUCCUUUGCAGCAACAAGGAGCAUGAGGUGGAGACAGGAUAGGUUUGGACACAAGAUCCAGUUCAGUCCCAUCAUUGAGCCCAGUCCCAUCAUUGAGCCCAAAUCCUCAUCUCCCCCUGGUAGUGGGGCUCAGCAUAGGCAGGCAGAGAACUGAUGGGACCCAUCGGGCUAGAACCCGCAUUGAAGAUUAAAUCCUAAGCAGAUACCCCCUUCCGAGCUGGGGAUGUAGGGCUUUGAAACUAGAAAUGCCAGGUCUGAAAGAGAGGAAAGAACAAGUCCAGCAAUACACAGGGCUCUGUGUAUUCAGAGGGAAGUUGGCAGGGUUGUGCUCGGGCAGAGAAACUCCGAGUGGUACAAAGGGACGUGCCCAGAGUGGAGAAAUCAUGCUAAUUGUCUGCACCAGAGCCGGAGAACGCCACCCAAAAUGAAGAGAGAAAGGGGAGCCCCAUCCAGAGCCUUCAGUGCCCUGAGCCUCGCUCCUUUUGUCUACCUUCUUCUGAUCCAGACAGAGCCCCUGGAGGGGGUGAACAUCACCAGCCCAGUGCGCCUGAUCCAUGGCACGGUGGGGAAGUCAGCCCUGCUCUCCGUGCAGUACAGCAGCACCAGCAGUGACAAGCCCGUGGUGAAGUGGCAGCUGAAGCGGGACAAGCCAGUGACCGUGGUACAGUCCAUCGGCACAGAGGUCAUUGGCACCCUACGGCCUGACUACCGAGACCGCAUCCGCCUCUUCGAAAAUGGCUCCCUGCUCCUCAGUGACCUGCAGCUGGCCGACGAGGGCACCUACGAGGUUGAGAUCUCCAUCACGGAUGACACGUUCACUGGAGAGAAGACCAUCAACCUCACUGUAGAUGUGCCCAUUUCGAGGCCACAGGUGUUAGUGGCUUCGACCACCGUGCUGGAGCUCAGCGAGGCCUUCACCCUCAACUGCUCCCACGAGAAUGGCACCAAGCCCAGCUACACCUGGCUGAAGGACGGCAAGCCUCUCCUCAAUGACUCGAGAAUGCUCCUGUCCCCCGACCACAAGGUGCUCACCAUCACCCGCGUGCUCAUGGAGGACGAUGACCUGUACAGCUGCGUGGUGGAGAACCCCAUCAGCCAGGGCCGCAGCCUGCCCAUCAAGAUCACCGUAUACCGAAGAAGCUCCCUCUACAUCAUCUUGUCCACAGGAGGCAUAUUCCUUCUUGUGACCUUGGUGACAGUCUGUGCCUGCUGGAAACCCUCCAAAAAGUCUGGGCCUUCUCCGGCUCACACUCAACAGUUCUGUUCAGAGGAUGCUGGGUUGAUUUGCAGGAAGAAGAGGAAGCUGGAGAAGCAAAACUCCCUGGAAUAUAUGGAUCAGAAUGAUGACCGUCUGAAACCAGAAGGUGAGCUCCCAGCCACCCACUCACCCAUCCCAUCGUCACUCAGAUCAGUGGGCUGCUGGGAAAAGGCAGAACUGGGCCACCAGGAAGCCAGCUCUGCAGGGCCCCUUCCUCCACCAACUGUACGAAGACUGCAGAGCAGGGAAAGGUGCAGCCAAGCAGACACCCUCCCGCGAGGCGGCGAGCAGGAGCGGAAGAACCCCAUGGCGCUGUACAUCCUCAAGGACAAGGACUCCCCGGAGCCCGAGGACAACCCCGCCGCCGAGCCCCGGGGCGCCGCCGAGCCCGGCCCGCCCGGCUACUCCGUGUCUCCGGGCGUCCCCGGCCGCUCGCCCGGGCUGCCCAUCCGCUCCGCCCGCCGCUACCCGCGCUCCCCGGCGCGCUCCCCCGCCACCGGCCGGACGCACACGUCGCCGCCCCGCGCCCCCGGCUCGCCCGGCCGCUCGCGCAGCGCCUCGCGCUCACUGCGGACUGCGGGCGUGCACCUGCUCCGCGAGCAAGACGAGGCCAGCCCGGUGGAGAUCAGCGCCUGAGCCGCCUCGGCACCCCGGGGGCGCCCG